GGCGGGGAGCCGGGCAGCGAUCGAAGCGGCGGCGGCAGCGCCCCGGGCCCGCCGCACCUUCCCCUCCGGUGAGGGGAACCGCUGCAUGGGGCCGGGGGGGCGGCCCUGCUGCGCCGAGCGGCGGCGACGGCGGACCCCCCAGGCGGGCUGGGGCUGAGCCCGGAGCCGGGGCGGGGGCUCCGGGGGGACCAUGCCCCGAGGCCGGCCGACCGCAGCAUGGCUCACGGGCCCGGCGCGCUGAUGCUCAAGUGCGUGGUGGUCGGCGACGGGGCGGUGGGCAAGACGUGCCUGCUCAUGAGCUAUGCCAACGACGCCUUCCCCGAGGAGUACGUGCCCACUGUCUUCGACCACUACGCAGUUAGCGUCACCGUGGGGGGCAAGCAGUACCUCCUGGGACUCUAUGACACAGCUGGACAGGAAGACUAUGAUCGUCUGAGGCCUUUAUCUUACCCCAUGACUGACGUCUUCCUCAUAUGCUUCUCUGUGGUAAAUCCAGCCUCAUUUCAAAACGUGAAAGAGGAGUGGGUGCCAGAACUUAAGGAAUAUGCACCGAAUGUCCCCUUCCUAUUAAUAGGAACUCAGAUUGAUCUCCGAGAUGACCCCAAAACUCUAGCAAGACUGAAUGACAUGAAGGAAAAACCUGUCUGUGUGGAACAAGGGCAGAAGCUAGCAAAAGAGAUAGGCGCAUGCUGCUAUGUGGAAUGUUCAGCUUUGACCCAGAAGGGUUUGAAGACUGUUUUUGACGAGGCUAUCAUAGCCAUUUUAACUCCAAAGAAACACGCAGUUAAAAAAAGAAUAGGAUCAAGAUGUAUAAACUGUUGUUUGAUUACGUGAGAAAAGUCUGUAGUGGCCAAGGAAACUGUCCAUUUCUCCCAGAAAGCAUUGGAAAUGCUACAGCAAUGUCCUGACCUCUUACAAUGAAGCAGUUUAACUUGAGCAGGGAGGGAACCUGUCCUCAGCAUUCUCCAGAGUUCACUGAGAAUGUUUCUUAAAGGUCUAAGCGGCAGCAAACAGCAUCUGAAGCCACAAUCUACUCUAAAUACUUUAUUUCCACUAGAAGGUACAAUCUCUCAGGGGUUUCAUAGUUAAAAAGCUACAAUCACAUCAUGUUGAAACGACAUUGAAAAAACAACAGUGCUGUAAAUGGAACCGCUUGGCUUCGACCAUACACAUUUCUGCACAGCCCUUAUGGAAUCUGCACAAAGUACUACCGCCUCCCUUUCUCCUCUUAAUUGUUCUUGUAUGUAAGUUGCUUUCUAUUCCAGUAUAUCCAGAGUGGUGAGCUCACGAGGCCAGCCACGUAGCCAAAGGUCGCUCCAAGUGUACAGGAGAUGGGCCACACCUAAGGGAAGAAUGAUGAGAUCAAAACCAACCAAUGUUUCAUUAUUACUUGAGCACAAAUUAAGUGUAACAUAAACAUUUCUAUAGUAAAGCUUAAUGUGCUUUCUUAAAGAAUGCCAAAAGUUUAGUAGAUCGUAACUGCAUUUACCAUGAACACUAAAAAUGUGCACAUUUUAGUUAAUGUGCACUAAAGGUAACAAGGCUUCUGGCAACUGUAGAUUUAGUUUGAUGUUCCCCCAAAAUGCAUGAAAUACAUGCUAAAGUACCAAUUUAAAAGUUGGGCCAUAGCUUGCCAUAAUCCUGCUCAGUUUAGCUCUCUGAAUGAGUUGGUCAUUUUUCUAAUUCCCACUUUGACUGUGUACAUCAAAGUGAGUAGGCUGACCGAACCUUAGGACCUUUUCAGUUGGGUCAGAGGGAAGACACAGAAUCGAAGCAUGUGACAUGGAACAUGUGGGUACUCUGCUUCCAUGAGCUGCGGGUACUGUAGCCGCAGAGGGUGCAGCCCACAGCUUAUGCACACACCUAGUGUGUAAGGCAAGCAGAACACUACAGUCUUCCCGAGAUGGUUUCCUCAGCCAUGCUACACUUCAUUAAACCAGAACUAAAUAAUGGUGAUUUAUUUUAUGCCAGACAGGGUAUGUGGGUCCCAAAGUAAAAAGCCCUGUGUAAAAAAAAAAACUUGGAAGCAAACUUUCAUGUUUCUUUUGUAAAGCUUAUUUGGUGUACUAGAGCCAUUUCUAACCCUUCUCAGAGGAAUAGGCCACCAGAGUGUACUGGAGGCAAACCACCUUGAUAACUAGCUGGUACCAUGUGGCUUUCUUCCUCAGUCUGCUGUGGAUCUGCCUUAUUCUUUAAAGGCCAUGCAACAGACAUUCGUGGUAGACAAAGCUUCCAUGCGAACCACUCACGCAGUUGGGAAGCAUAAUCAACCCAUAGAGUGUUGCGGCCUUUCUUAGGUUUCAAUUUGCUGUUGCUUCAACUACGACUUCCUUGUCUUUAGCGAGCUUCUGUUAUCUUCCAGGAUUUGUGCUUACAGCUUUGACUAUUGCACAGAUUGGGUAAUGGAACACUAAACAUUGAUACUUGAAAAUGACAGCCUUAAAUGUUCAUACCAGUCACAAAUCUAGAUGUACUGUCUUGCAUGUGAGCUUUGUAGGAGUUUUUGAAGUAUAAGCACCACACUCCCCCACUUGGUAGUGGACAGUCUACUGGAUAAGAGCUUUCUCUUGGAAGUGGACGUUGGAUGUCUUUUUCUCCAAGCAGUGGUGGUUCACAUUAAGCAUCAUGGCCUUAUGUAUGCUCAAAUGGGAUUUCUGUAACUUUCCCAUUUAGUUGUGGUCUGUUUUUAGAUAGAAUUGAAAGAACCUGUAUAAUGAGUUAACAUGCUAGCUAAGUUGUCACACCAAUAUGAAGGAGUCCCAACAGUAAAGUAUUAUUCAUUUCCAAGUCGCCUUUGGAGAUUUGAUGGGUUUGGGUUUUUGUUUUUGUUUUUUUCCUUCAAAUCUACAUUUGUGAAACCUUUGACACUUGGUGUAUUAGGCAAUGAAGUCAAGAACGUUCCUGCUCCAAGAGAAGUGGAUUAAGAGUCUGGAAAAUGCACUGGUGUCACCUUGCUUUCCUCAUGUUCUGACCACGGGAACAUCUCCAGUAUCCUCCCAUUCAUGAGCUCUUUCCACUCUCUCCUGAAUCACAGCAGGCAUGUUGGCCAUCUCACUCUUCACUCUCUCUGAACUCACAGCAGGCAUGUUGGCCAUCUCACUCUUCACUCUCUCCUUAGUCACAGUGGCAUGUUGGCCAUCUCACUCUUCACUCUCUCUGAACUCACAGCAGGCAUGUUGGCCAUCUCACUCUUCACUCUCCUGAGUCACAGCAGGCAUGUUGGCCAUCACACUGUUCACUCUCUCCUGAGUCACAGCAGGCAUGGUGGCCAUCACAUUUGCAGCUUUUCCAUCUCCAGAUGGUAAGAAUCAUGUAUAUAAGAAUUCUCGAACUCUAAGCCGACGAUUGUAUCAUCUGAACCUGAGGUGCCUUAGGUACUCUAUUUACCUUGAUGGGGUUUGGAGUUUCCCAUUGCUUGUUAAGAGCUCUUUGUGUUGGUUAGUUAGUAUUUCUUUUUGCAAAAUCUUCUCUGCCACUUUAACCAAAAAACCAAAGAUUUGUUUUCUAUUCAUGAGCAGAUUAUAGAGAAACUGCCUUAUUUUCAGAAGCUUAUCUUCAUUAAAGGCUUAGGUUGCAACAGAAAUUCAGACUAAUCUCUGGAAAAUGUCUUUCAAACCAGUGAAAUACCUGGGAAAGAAAAUACUUUUCAAAACGAUUUUAUUAACAUAAAUUGUGCUAGGAAAUGCACUGCUUCAAAUAAGGUCGUGUACGGAAGACUGAGAAGAAAUUAGAACUGAUCGGUGUUUGCACAGAAAUGUGUUCUGAAGUCCUUUAAAGUUUGUAGGGAAUCUGGAAACCUAGUAGACCUUUGCUAAUGUGUGCCCUUACUCCAUCCUUACAGGUACAUUGUAGCUUACUUCCGAUGAAUUAUCAUAUUUCCGAUAAGUAGAGCUUGAGUUUGUGCUGUUUGUUAUGAAUUAUCUUAGUUACUUUAGACACUGCUUCCAUUUGAUUUUUAAUUCUUGGUUUUAAAUACCAAAUUAAAUACUGGUUUGUUGGUUGUUGCUUUUGGAAUGAUUGUUACUUCAACAGCGUCCCUUCCUAACAUAUGGGGUCAUAAAUAAAAUGAAAUGCACAGUUUA